AUGGAUACAGUCAUCACCAGCCUGCCCCCCAAAGUGGGCGCCAUCCUUAUGGAUAAUAUAUCCAUCAUUCAAAUUGUAUCCAUGUUCUCGAUCGGCGCGUACAAUGCUGUCGAGACAGGGAUCGUCACAUUUGAUGCCUUCAAACACUACCGCAGCCUAUAUUUCUGGAGCAUGCAAUUCGCAUCCUGGGGCAUUCUUGUGCACGCCAUUCCUGCCAUGGCACGAUUCUUGUCUCAGUCAUCCAAUCUCGCGACGUCCAUCCCCUUCAUAGUUGGAUGGUACGCUAUGGUUACCGGCCAAGCCCUCGUCCUCUACUCGCGCCUGCAUCUCGUUUUCGCCGAUGCGAGAAAGGUGCGUUGGGUCUUGUGGAUGAUACUCACGAACUUUUGCAUCCUACACAUUCCAAUGACCGUCUUAUUCUUUCUCCUCAACAACGGCAACGCACGCUUUGCUCAACCUGCCGCGAUAUUCGACCGAAUCCAAUUGACGGGCUUCUGCAUCCAAGAUUUCGUCAUCUGCGGCAUUUACAUAUACGAAGCAGUUCGUGCUUUCAGACUUAUCAGUGCGUUCCGAGGUCGCGAGAGCCGCAACGCCAUCAUCCAUCUAAUUUGCAUCAAUAUCAUCGUGGUAUUCGUGAAUAUUCUCCUCCUGGUGGCGGAAUACAAACUACACUACAUUCAAGUGAGCUUCAAGACGGUGGUGUACAGCGUCAAGCUGAAGUUGGAGUUUUCUGUGCUCAACCGUCUCUGCUCGGUGGCCGUCCCCUGCACCUGCCAGAGUGGAUCCGGGGAGCAGCGCCGAUCAUGUGAUAUGAAUCUCUUUGAUCGAAGCCUUCCACGGUCAUCUGCGGAACCAGAGAGGACAAUGCAAUCUGCGUCGACUUAUGAAAAGAUACAGCGCCGUUUCAAAUUGCCAAACUUGGUCCAUAGAUACCACGGGGCGAAGAGCUAUUUGUCCGGGAAGAAGAUCAUUCCCUCCAAAGACAGUUCGUACUCAGAAACAUUCCCCGAGAGCCAUUCAAGCACC